UCAUUUUACUUCAUUUUUACUACUUCUCAAUAUACAAUGGCAAACGCGCAAUUGCACAUUGUGGAUUGUGAAUAUCUGAAACAAAUUGAGGGAGCUCGUCGAGAUCUUCAUGAUCUGCUGCUGAACAACAAGCAAUUUGCUCCUAUCGUGCUUCGCUUAGCAUUUCACGAUGCAGGUACUUAUGACGCCAACGCGAAGACAGGGGGUCCAAAUGGUUCCAUUAGAAAUGAGUUGAGCAACCCUCCUAACAAUGGUAUCAAAAAUGCUAUUGAUUUUUGCGAGCAAGUGAAGACUAAACACCCCAAGGUUACUUAUGCUGACCUUUAUCAGCUUGCGGGUGUAGUUGCGGUUCAAGUUACCGGAGGCCCUUUUAUUCCCUUUAUCCCGGGUCGACCAGAUGCCCCGGAUCAACAAGACAGUGGAGCUCUUCCAAACCCCAAUGGAGAUGGCCAGCAUCUCAGAGAUAUAUUUUAUCGAAUGGGCUUGAACGAUAAGGAUAUCGUGGCUCUAUCAGGGGCUCACUCACUGGGUCGAGCACACCAAGAUAGAACACCUGGCUUUGAUGGCCCCUUCACUGAAGAUCCCUUGAAAUUUGACAAUUCCUAUUUUGUAGAGCUGAUGAAGGGUGAUACUCCUGGACUGGUAAAGUUCCCUACAGACAAAGUUCUUUUGGAGGACCCUGCUUUUCGUCAAUUUGCUGAACUGUAUGCCAAGGAUGAAAAGGUGUUCUUCGCAGAUUAUGCACAAUCGCAAAAGAAACUAUCGGAGCUCGGGUUUAACGCACCACGUUGAACUAUCAACGGUUGAAGUGCAUGCAUGGCAACCAGACUGAUUUGUAUUGUGUACAAUGCAUAUUCCUAUGGAGCUGGUACUAUGUGUACUUAUUUAUCUUGAAGUCAUAUUUGGGAUUAAACUAUAUAAAUUCCGGAGUUGUAAUAGUAUUAUGUACUAUAUCUAGAAGUCUGUCGAGGAUAACGUAGUUAUCCUAGUUGAUAGAAUAUGUUAUCCUUAACAAAGUGCUAAUAAUGGGGAUUUGUGUGUCGGAGAUGAUUCACUUAA